UGACGUCACUCCGGUAUCACAUGAACGCGCAGGCACCAAUCAGCGCGGCCGCUGCCGGAGCGAGAGCGACAGCCAGAGCAGCUCCUUCCCCAGCGAGACACACAGUCAAAGGAAACCGAGUGUGGAGCGUGGAACCUCCGCGAAAAAACCCACGGAGGAGCGCGAGGAAUACCGGAGCCGCCGCCACAGGAGCUCCCCCCCCCCCCCUCGCGUGUUCUCGGUUCGUGUGUGCGCGCUGUGGAUAUUCGCGAGCGGCACCGGGCGGACACGGCGGAGCAGGCCGUGACGGCCCUGACGGUUUAAACCGGAGGAGGGGGGAGACACGCGCCGUGACGCCGUGGAGGAGAAAAAUGGUGGAUUAUUUUCAUUGUGUCAUAAAAAGCUUUCUGUUGCCGUGAGGCCGCGUCUCUGCCGCGUCAGUGCCGCGUCCGUGUCGCCCUCUCCACAGGCUGAUCCGUCCUUUUCUCUUCCUCACAUUCAUGUAGGCUCGUGAGUGAGUGAGUGAGUGUGUGUGUGUGUGUGUGUGAGUGAGUGAGUGAGUGAGUGUGAGUGAGUGAGUGUGUGAGACGCGAACAUUGUUGGAUACAUUAGUGAGACAUGGAUUUCAGCGGCGGAAGCAGCGAGCUGCACAACAACCAGUUCUAUCCGUGCGAGGAGAACAAGCCUCUGCUGGGCGACACGAUGAUGCUCGUGACCGAGGGCAACAACAACAACACCACCAGCGGCAGCAGCGGCAGGCUGUGCGCGGGGCCGUGCAGGAGGCCGCUGCACCACUGCGGCGGCAGUGGCAUGAGAUACAAGCUGCUGCACGAGGGCGACAUCCAGGUGUGCGUGGUCAAGCACCCACGCACCUUCCUCAGCAAGAUCCUCACCUCCAAGUUCCUGCGGCGGUGGGAGCCGCAUCACCUGACGCUGACGGACAGCAGCCUCACCUCCGCCACCCCCACUGGUUACAUGGAGACGUGUCUGUCCUACAGCUCCAUUGAAGACCUGCAGCUUCUCUCCUGGGACAACGCUCCAAAGUACUGUGUCCAACUGAGUUUCCCUGGAGGAACCGUCCUGCUGCAGGCUGCAAACAGCUACUUAAGAGACCAGUGGUUUCACUCCUUGCAGUGGAAGAAAAAAAUCUACAAGUACAGGAAAGUGCUGAAUAACCCAAGUCGCUGGGACGUGGUGCUGAAGGAGAUCCGAGCACUGGUGGACAUGGCUCUGACCUCGCCACUGCAGGACGACUCCAUCCACCAGGCGCCGCUGCACAUCAUCUCCACCCUGCUGGCUGAGAACUCAAACCUCAGCGCUCAGGACCAUGAGAACAUCAUUGUGGCCAUCGCUCCUCUCCUGGAAAACAACCACCCUCCUCCUGACCUGUGUGAGUUCUUCUGUAAGCACUGUCGCGAGCGGCCGCGCUCCAUGGUCGUGAUUGAAGUGUUCACUCCAGUGGUCCAGAGGAUCCUCAAACACAACAUGGAUUUCGGGAAGUGCCCUCGCCUGCGUCUCUUCACUCAGGAGUACAUCCUGGCUCUGAACGAGCUCAACGCUGGCAUGGAGGUCGUCAAGAAGUUCGUCCACAGCAUGCACGGACCAACAGGUCAGUGUCCUCACCCUCGUGUCCUGCCAAACCUGGUGGCAGUUUGCCUCGCUGCCAUUUAUUCCUGCUAUGAGGAGUUCAUCAACAGCCGGGACAACUCCCCCUCGCUGAAGGAGAUCAGAAACGGUUGCCAGCAACAAAACGACCGCAAGCCGCCGAUGCCGCUCCGCCUCCUGCGGCCCGAACCUCCCACACCGCCGCCCACCACCCUCCUCCCUCUCUCUACCAACCCCGCCCCCCCUCAGCCGUCACUGCCCGCCAACUCUAACCCCGCCCCCUCCCUGCCUCUCUCCCCUCCGCCCUCCGUCGUCAAUUCCAGUGAAAUCCUGGUGGAGCUGGAGCGCAACAACAACUCGGCCAAUGCCAAGCGGAAGGGUCCGCCAUCAGGGGGCGACAGUGAGCCCAACCUUAUCGACUGUCUGCUGGUCAGCCCGGCUGUCAACAUGCUGUCCAUCCAGCUGCCGGCGCAGGCCGACCGCGUGCUCGGCUGCUUCGCGCUCAUCCUCAAAAUGCUGUCAGACUACGAUGACUGGAGACCUGCUCUGGCCAGUCUGCUGCAGCCCAUCCCUUACCCCAAAGAAGCCCUCGCUCACGCCAAAUUCACAAAGGAACUGAAAUAUGUCAUUCAGAGGUUUGCAGAGGACCCCAGGCAGGAGGUUCACUCCUGCCUCCUCAGUGUGCGUUCAGGUAAAGACGGCUGGUUCCAGCUCUACAGUCCAGGAGGCGUGGCCUGUGAUGAUGAUGGAGAGCUGUUUGCCAGUAUGGUUCAUAUCCUGAUGGGCUCCUGCUACAAGACCAAGAAGUUCCUCCUGUCUCUGGCUGAAAACAAGCUGGGUCCCUGUAUGCUGCUGGCCCUGAGAGGAAACCAGACCAUGGUCGAGAUCCUGUGUCUGAUGCUGGAGUACAACAUCAUCGACAACAAAGACACACAACUUCAGAUCAUCUCCACUCUGGAGAGCACGCAGGUCGGCCUCCGCAUGUACGAGCAGCUGUGUGACCGACAGAGAGAACUCAAAGAGCUGCAAAGAAAAGGAGGCCCCACUCGACUGACUCUGCCCUCAAAGUCCACGGAUGCAGAUCUGGCUCGUCUGUUGAGUUCAGGCUCCUUUGGGAAUUUGGAGAACCUGAGCCUGGCCUUCACCAACGUCACCAGUGCCUGUGCCGAGCAGCUCAUCAAGCUGCCUUCACUCAAACAGCUCAACCUGUGGUCCACGCAGUUUGGAGACGCAGGGCUGAGGUUGUUGUCCGAGCACCUGGUCUGUCUGCAGGUGCUCAACCUGUGUGAGACUCCAGUUACUGACGCUGGUCUGCUGGCUCUCAGCUCCAUGAAGAGUCUGUGCAGUCUGAACAUGAACAGCACCAAACUCACCGCCGACACGUACGAGGACCUCAAGGCCAAACUGCCCAACUUGAAAGACGUUGAUGUCCGUUACACUGAGGCCUGGUGAAGCCACGCCCACUCCCACAUCGCGCGCACACACACACACACACACACACGCGCGUGCCGAUACAAAACACGACCGCCAUCGCUACGACAAAGAACCACAGGAAAAAACUCUGACCAUGUUCACGCCAGAGGAGGAGGAGCCUCUGUCAGCUUCAAUCCCCCGCCCCCCCCCCCGGGUGUCAUCAGCCCUGUUGGACUUUUUUUCUACAGCAAACGUCUUCAUGGACCUCGCUGCUCGCCAUACUUCUGCCGAAGUACCGGCGUGAUCAGAGGGAGUGGAAGGAGCCAGCGAAUCACAGCUCAGACAGUCUCUCUCUCUCUCUCUCUCUCCGCCUUCUCCUCUGCCCACCAAACCCCCGCCGCCAUCAUCACCGUCAUGAGGACUCCUGCCUCUCUGCUGCCCUCAUGUGGUGAAGGUUGGACAUAGUCGGUCACAUUCCACUCCUCCUCCUCCAGUCUCACACACACACACACACACACACACACACACACGCCGGGUCACCCUCACGUCUUUCUUUGGGGGAAAAUGAGGCGAAGAAGGCGGGGCCUAAUUCCUCAAAUCCACACAUGAAAAUGGGCGGGAAAAAACAAAACAAACAAAAAAAACAUGGUUUUUAUCGACGUGAACGGACGUAUUUUUCCAGAAACAUCUGUGUUUUCAUAACGUUUGUGUUUCUAUAUUAAAAGAUGAAGAGAAGUGCCCACACACACACACACACACACACACACACACACGAUGUCCCGUUGUUAUUUAAGAGGACUGUAGCUGUAGCAGUAGCCGGGCGUCUGCGACGGCCUCAUAUUUAUAUAAGUUUGUCUUUGGAAAAACAAACAAACAAAAUUAUUUUGUCUCUGAUUAAUUCAAGUUACACACGUCGUCCUGUUAUUUUGGGAAGCCAACACUAGAGGGCGCCAUGACUGUGGACUCAUCACCAGCUGAGAGGUGUAUAUUUUCAGAUCCUCCGCUUUCGCUCUCUGUCUCUCUCUCUUUGUCUCUGUCUCUCUCUCUCUUUUGUACAAACUUUAUUUUGAGGAGGACGAGGACACAUUGCCAAACAUCGUUGAAUAUCUUUAGUUUUUCUUACGGCCGCUGUUUUACUAAAAUGACGCCGUCACGUCUCUUGACCCCGUCCCCUUGCUUCACCUGCCCGCCCCCUGCUGAGGUAAAGAGUUUUUUUUUAAACAUGUUCUGAGGACAAGUCACAAAAACAAAAGUCUGUCGCGGUCCCUGGUCGUCAUGGCGACAGUCCCCCAAAAAACGACAAAAGUCCAAAUCUUGGUUGAUGUCGAGACAGGAAGUGACAUUUGUACAGGUGUCCAUGUUUGAAGCAGACAAAAAUAUUACAUUUUUUUAGUUGGGUGUUUUUUUUCACAGUCAACAAACAGUUUGUAAUUGUGCCUCUAGGGGGCGCCACAGCUGAAACUGGAACUCACUGUGUCCACGUUUCCUCUCUUUUCCUGUCGUCAUGCGUGCGUCUCUUUGUCGGAACUCUUAGACCGUUUGAUUUCUUGAAAUAAAAUCUAAAUAAAUAAGAGAGUUAAAGUCACAUUUCCCUUUUUAUUCUUUUUUGCGACGUUAUUUAUUCAUGUCGACCUCCAUGAUGCUCGGACGUUUGUCACAGCACUCUGGGUGUUUGUCGCAACACUCUGGGCAUUUGUCGCAACACUCAGGGUGUUUGUCGCAACGCUCUGGACGUUUGUCACAGCGUUCUGGGUGUUUGUCGCAACACUCUGGGCAUUUGUCGCAACACUCAGGGUGUUUGUCGCAACGCUCUGGGUGUUUGUCGCAAAGCUCUGGGUGUUUGUCGCAACGCUCUGGGUGUUUGUCGCAAAGCUCUGGGUGUUUGUCGCAACGCUCUGGACGUUUGUCACAGCGUUCUGGGUGUUUGUCGCAACACUCUGGGCAUUUGUCGCAACACUCUGGGUGUUUGUCGCAACGCUCUGGGUGUUUGUCGCAAAGCUCUGGGUGUUUGUCGCUACGCUCUGGGUGUUUGUCACUACGCUCUGGGUGUUUGUCGCAACGCUCUGGGUGUUUGUUGCAACACUCGGGGGGUUUGUCGCAACGCUCUGGGUGUUUGUCGCAACGCUCUGGGUGUUUGUCGCAAAGCUCUGGGUGUUUGUCGCUACGCUCUGGGUGUUUGUCGCUACGCUCUGGGUGUUUGUCGCAAAGCUCUGGGUGUUUGUCGCAAAGCUCUGGGUGUUUGUCGCUACGCUCUGGGUGUUUGUCGCUACGCUCUGGGUGUUUGUCGCAACGCUCUGGGUGUUUGUUGCAACACUCGGGGGGUUUGUCGCAACGCUCUGGGUGUUUGUGUUUGUCGCAACACUUUGGGUGUUUGUCGCGACGCUCUGGACGUUUGUCGUGACGCUUUGGGCGUUUGUUGCGACGCUCUGGGCAUUUGUCGCGACGCUCUGGACGUUUGUCGCAACGCUCUGGGCAUUUGUCGUGAUGCUCUGGGCAUUUGUCGCGACACUGGGUGUUUGUCGUGAUGCUUUGGGCGUUUGUCGCGACACUCUGGGCAUUUGUCGUGACACUCUGGCCGCAGACAGGACGUGUCCCGGUGAUGAGGAGUUUAUUUAUUGAGUGCCAUUUUGUUAGUUUUCGUUUGUUUGAUUCCGACUCUUGGACCUUGCGCUGCGCUCUCUUUUUCGUAUCGUGUAUGAUGUAAAUACGAGUGUAAAUAGACGUCUUCUCCUCCCUUUGAACAGUUUUUGACUGUCUCUCUCUCUCUCUCUCUCUCUGACGUCGCCUUUAUCUUAACGUGUGUGUGGUUUGGUUUCUUUUUUAAAACACAAAGUGCACUGUUGUCUCAGAAAUAUGUUUUCAUUGCGUAAUAUCCUCUAAGAUUUUGAUUUGAUUAAUCAAACUUUUUUUUUGCAUGUACAUGUCGCUGCGUUGUCUUUUUAUUUUGUCAUUUUGUUUUGGUUUGAAAUAUGAUAAAAGGGUCUGAUCACUAUCGACUGAAAUGGAGAAACCCUGAGCAGCUGUUCUGUGAUUGGUUAAGACCAGGAUCUGCCUGUCGAGGGUGUGGUUAACGUUGUUUAUUGUUUUUAAUAGAGAGAGAGAAACACCUGUUCUGGUACAUUUGACUGAAGCUGUCUCGAGCUGAGAUUUCAGAAUAAAAGCUUGAGCUUUUUCUUUUUUUGUUUUCUUUUUUUUAAGAAAAGUGCAACUACUUUUUUCAUUUGUUUACCUGAAAAUUUAGUUUCUAAUCCUGCCAGAUAAUCAUAUCAGAGGUGAACUGUGCUCAACAGCCAUUGUGUUUUUAAAUAAAGUUGUUUCAAAAUAUUGGAAAA